ACUACUUCAAACCGAAAGUGGAAUAUGGCGGAAAUUCAGAAGAGGCCCUCUCCUACGAUUUCCGUCUACCGAAACUUAUCCUGAUGAAGUAGCUGGGAUACAGAAAGCAGAAGGCUUGAAAGGAAUAAAGACUGUCAACAUUGAACUAGGACAGUUACACAGAACUAUGUCAUCCGCGCUCACAGAACUAGGUCAACCACGUACACAGAAAUAGGUCAACCACAUACACAGAACUAGGUCAACCACUUACACAGAACUAGGUCAACCACAUACACAUAACUAGGUCAACCACAUACACAGAACUAGGUCAACCACAUAUAUAGAACUAGGGCAGCCAUCCACAGAACUAUAAGGUCAACACCUUAGAUAACAAAGUCAACUGCACAGAAAACUAGGUCAGCCACACAAAUAAAUAGAUGACCUGCACAGUAGAUUGGGUCAACACAGAAGCUUUAAAGAAGGUCAGUCAGCCAGAGGACCAGAUCAACUACAAACCACAAACAACUAGCAGUCAGUAGCAGAUGGAAUGUCUUCAGGACGUAAAAUCAUGACAUUGUAUCGUUGGUUUCAUUUGAUGUAGCAGCUACCUGAACCAAUAUAAGUUCAUGAUGGCGAGUGCUGAUGAUGGAAAUGGUGACCAGCAUAGGAUAAACAUUGGAAAUGCUGGAGUUGUGCAAGUUGCUGAUGAUGCGGUAAUGAUUUCUAGACAGAGUGAUUGUCCACCACAGAUUGAAGUGCAGCAUCAGCCAUCAGAUCACCCAGAUAAUGUGACUGAGGAACUGAAUCAAUUUGACAUCAAUAUAGGCAAUGCAUCAAGUCUCAAACAGAGCAGACAUGUGGUUGCUGUGACAAAUCAAGAAGAAGCACGCCCCCCCUUGUCUAGGGCAGGAGGAGACAAAAGCCUUGAAGUAGAUGGCACACAAGAGUUAGUAGGUCAAAACGACAAAAGUACAGACACUCGGGAGGACUGGAUGUAUGCCAGAGGUCACAGCAUGGGUGAAGCCAAUUCAAAGAGACUACACUUCUGUUAUCACGAAGGUUUAGACUUGGUACAGAUAGCAAAUUGUUGUACCUACAUAGAAUUGAACAUCAACCCGGAGCUUGUGCAGAAAUUACGAAACCAGGGACUUCUCACAGUUGAAAUACCAUUACCCAACGGUCCGACUCUUGUGACAUUUAGGUGGGGUAGUUUGGAGGCAAACAGAGAAUAUAUCCGAUGUGAACUCAAGGCAGAGCUACAGGACGAAUGGAAGUGUAUAGAUUGGGAAAACGAAUAUUUAAAGUCACUCCUAUGUAAUAGUGAUUGUCAAGUGGAAAAAAUUGUGGAAUAUUUCUAUCAAAUGUUUAAUGCUUUAAUCUUAAAGAUAGAAAAUGGUUGUCUGUUGUUUAAGAUUCUUGUACAGGAUAUGGACGCCUUGGAUAGGCUGUGCACCACACAGAGUCUAGAUAAAAUAGCGAAGUUCCUGGACAAACUCUUUUUGACCAAUGAAAUGAGACGAAGGACUGGUGAUCAACAGGUGUUCAGGGUCAGACUAAUUAACAAAGGGUUCAGGGCUAGGCCUGAUACAAAACACAUGAUUCAAUUUGACACAAGGGCAAGCAGAGAAUUUUCGGCUGAUCCCACAGAAGGCAAUUUGACAUAUUUGAUAGAGAAAAUUGUGUCACAAGAGUUACAAGCUAGCUUGUCUCAGCUGCAGGUGUCUCUGACAGAUAGAAUAGCAAGAACUGUAGUAGAGGAAAUGCAGAAAUUUGGAAAAUUGGGACCUUCAAUUUCAAGAGAAGAACCAACGGAGACAGUGAGUAGAUCUCUAGAUCUUCCCAGAAUUCAAGAUCUUAACACCAGUAUAGAACAAGACAGGGCCUCCAUAGGACAUCAUGGUACAGUAUCAGGGAGUAUAUCUCCAGGCCAUCCAAGUAUGGGGCCAAUGCUUACCUCUCAAGGUCUUCCCAGUGCUGAGCCAGAGAUUACCUCUCAAAGUAUUUCCAGUGCUGUGCCAGGGAUUUCCUCUCAAGGUCUUUCCAGUGCUGGGCCAGGGAUUUUCUCUCAAUGUCUCUCAGGUGCUGGGCCAAGGAUUACCUCUCAAGGUCUUUCCGUUGCUGGGCCAGGGAUUACCUCUCAAGAUCUUUCCAGUGCUGGGCCAGGAAUUUUCUCUCAAGGUCUCUCCAGUGCUGGGCCAGGGAUUACCCCUCAAGGUCUUUCCAGUGCUGGGCCAGGGAUUUCCUCUCAAGGUCUUUCCGAUGCUGUGCCAGGGAUUACCUCUCAAGAUCUUUCCAGUGCUGGGCAAGGUAGUACAUCUUCAGAACAUCUUAGUACUGGGCCAGGUAAUAUGUCCCCAAAACAUCCCAGUGCAGGGCCAGGGAUUACCUCUCCAGGCCGUCCCAGUACUGGGUCAGAGACAUAUUUAGGCCCAGGGAGUACUCAUCCAGAUACUUACAUAUUGUCUCCACCAAGCUGUAGAGUAAAAGAAGAUGUAAACCAAGGAGAAAGAAGCAGACGUAUGUGGAGAGGAGAUCCUGGCCAACAUGCUCACAAAAAACCGAGCUUUGCUAGCAUCUUGUUUAAUCUGGAGAACACAUCACAAUUAUGGCCAGAUCAAGCACAAAGGGCAGAAAUGGAGAAGUGUUUUCAGUUGAAAGGAAUUGAGGAUCCACUUGAUGAAGAUAUACAGCAGGAUCUUCAAUAUGUCAAGAAACUGGUGGAUGUCGGACAUUUGGCUAAACUGAUGACGAUGUCUGUACUAGGUGAAACCAGCCAGCACUCCCAUGCCCAUGGUCUACACACCGUCUUGUGUCUUGAUGUGUCUGAGAGUAUGAGAGGUGAACCUAUUCAGAAACUAACUGAGUGUGCUAAAACGUUCCGAAAUGAAAUUGAAGAUAAUACUAUGGACCUUUACCUGGAGGAGAAUGUUGGAGUGGUCUUGCUUGGGGGUGAUGUUGAUGUACAGCUUCUGCCUACAAAUGAUUACAGUAAAUUAGAAGAGGCAAUAAGAGGUCUAAAUGUUAAAGGAGAGACUUGUCCAUUACUGGAGGGCCUUAUUGCUUGUAUACUGCUGCUUUUUAGAACAGAACAAGAUGAAGAUCCUUACUUCACCAUUGGUGAAUAUCACCAUCAUUGUUUAUAUCCUCGGAUUAUCUUGAUGUCUGAUGGCCUGACGUCAGAGGGAGGUCAUGUCAGUGGCAUUGAUGAUAUUACAGAUGAGGUUUACAAGGCAGUGUGUACAUAUCUGCCCAGGCUGCUGAAGGCAUCCAACAAUAUCUGUAGGAUCAGCUGUGUACAGUUUGAAAACAACGUGAGAACAAGCAAAACCAAUGUAAAGCUGGAGAAAAAAUGUAGGUCCAUGAUCAACAAACUUUCCCAGGAAACUGGAGGUGAUACAGUUGAUCCAACUCAGAUUCAAUGGCUAAGUCACUACUCCAGACUACAGAAUGCUAUUGGUAAAGUCUUAGAUUGGAAUGCUGGGAAGAAGGGAAUGUCCAAAGAUGAGAUAGAGGAAAGAAUUGGGGAGGAGUUUUCUGAUAGCAACAUUGAAGACAUUAGAGAACAGGAACACGUUAGGGAAGAAGUGUGGAGGAUUAUCAAUAUUGGACCUGAUGUUAUACAAGAAAACUUAGCUUGUGGUGAGUCUCACUCAGCAGCAGAAUCACAUGGAGUGUAUGACACAUCUGCCACCCCACAUGUCCUGAGGACAGGAGACAAGGUCAGAGAAGUCCCUGAUGAAACUGUGUUGGAACAAGAUAAAACUGACUCUUUUGGAAUAGUCAUCGGUAUAAACCAAAAAGAUGACAUAGUCAAGGUGAAGUGGAGCAUUGGUACUGAGGAUUACUAUAAACACAAUCAGUUACAGUUAUGGGAGGUACAUCCAACUAAACCCAGUGAGAUAUCAAAUCUUCAGGUUGGUGGCAAUGACCUUCAGGUAGACUGUGACCCUGAUAGUGAUGCUGAGGAUCAAGACCAAUAUCUGAGAGAAUCAGAUGUUGCACUUACACAUCACCAUAGCCCCUUCUCAUGGUCACCUACCGUUGAAACAGGUGGACAGGUUAAAGACUUUGAUCACAAGAUUGUGUGGCAGAGGAAAGUCAGGGGAGACAGAUGGGAAGUGUAUUCCCCAGAACAGAUAGAGAUGAUAGAGAAGUCCUACACUAGUCGCUCAGAGUCGUGUGUGAUCGGCAGCCCAGGCAAACAAAUACAGUAA